AUGGAGUAUUUGAACUCGCUAAAUGUUAGUGGUGUACCCCCUCAUUAUCUUCGGUUAAAAACUGGGUGCCCUGUAAUACUUUUGCGAAAUAUCGAUCCUUCAAAUGGGUUAUGUAAUGGCACCAGAUUGAUAUGUCGAGCUUUCCAACAAAAUGUCAUUGAUGCAGAGAUAGCUGUUGGCCAACAUGCUGGAAAAAGAGUGUUUUUACCAAGAAUUCCUCUAUGUCCGUCUGACGAUGAGAUGUUCCCAUUCAAACUUAAGAGAAAGCAGUUUCCAAUUCAGCUUAGUUUCUCUAUGACAAUCAAUAAAGCUCAGGGACAAACAAUUCCAAAUGUAGGUGUUUAUCUACCAGAAUCGGUAUUCUCACAUGGCCAGCUUUAUGUGGCGUUGUCCAGAGGAAUAUCACGUGUCAAUACCAAGGUAUUAGUAAAGCCGGAAAAAACGUUUGAUAAUGAUGGAAUCUACACAUCAAACAUUGUGUACAAAGAAGUGUUAUGUGAUUAA